AUGAGCAACACCACUCUGAACGAUACUGAGGAUGACUACUAUGAUUAUGACGAGUCAGCCUAUCGACUGACAAAAGCAAUUCACAUUGUCUCCAUGGUGAUCUACAGCCUUGCAUUUGUGCUGGGGGUCCUUGGCAAUGGGCUGGUCAUCUUCAUCAUCGGCUUCCGAAUGAAGAAGACGGUCAACACGAUCUGGUUUCUCAACUUGGCCAUUGCGGACUUUGCCUUCACUUUCUUCCUUCCCCUGAGCGUCGCUUAUUUAGCCCUGGAAUUCCACUGGCCCUUUGGUCAGUUCUUGUGCAAAGCGAACAGCACCGUGGCUUUCCUCAACCUCUAUGCCAGUGUUUAUAUCCUCAUGGUCAUCAGCAUUGACCGUUGCAUUUCUGUCCUGUAUCCCGUCUGGGCUCAGAAUCACCGAAAACCUCGGUGGGCUUCUUUUGUGGCUGUGGGUGUGUGGAUCUGGGCCCUGGUGUUGUGUUCUCCAGUCAUGUAUUUCAGGCAAACAGCACCACAUGUACAAGACCCGGAAUAUAUUAACUGCUACAACAAUUAUGGUAACACCCCAGAGGUUGAAAAAACCAGACAUCAUGCAAUGAUAAUCUCCCGGUUCAUCUUAGCCUUCCUCAUUCCCUUCACGGUUAUUCUGAUCUGCUACGGGGCGAUUGUCUUGAAACUGAGACGCAGUCGUUUGUCCCAAUCUAACAAACCCUUUCAGGUCAUCACCGCAGUGAUCGUUACUUUUUUUGUCUGCUGGUUCCCUUAUCAUCUUUUUAGCUUCUUUGAGUUGAGAGGAUAUUUAGAUUUGGUGAGGAUCGGUAUUCCCUUUGCAACAAGCCUGGCUUUCAUCAACAGCUGCCUCAACCCCAUUUUGUAUGUCUUCAUCGGCCAGGAUUUCAAAACGAGACUGAGACGGUCCAUCCUUUCUGUAUUUGAGAAUGCUUUCACAGAAGACAACAGCCAGAGCAUAGUAACUAAUAAGACUAAAUCUUCAGUGGACACCACGUCCCAGGAGGUCUGAAUCCUGCUGAGAUCUCGGUUCCCCAAACCCUCCCCAUGCCAGCUUGUCAAAUCAACCCCUUUCGCAUUGCUCCAUGGCCCCCCCAUCUCCUUGCUUUGAGGUUCUCUGAGGAACAUCUGAAGAACCCAUCACGAAAUCUACUGCAUGGAUGUAGAAAUGGCACCUUUGCAACAGUGGCGAAUAUCUGUAGCUCGGGUGUAGGAUGAGGAUGAGAGCUCAUUCUCUGAGCUUGUGUUUCGGUUUCUGAACACUUCAUUACUAGGCUAAGUAACCUCACCAGCGGAGUUUAAUGCAUU